UAUCACUACACGCAACAGUCGUUGAUUCAGCGCAACUUGUUUUUCUUCAAUAGUGACGUCACACACGCGCUCGACAAUCUAGCCAAGAAAUGGAUGGCACAUCUCGGUGCAUUUAAUUGUGAGCGAUGGCAGGGGUUGAAACCAGGACCAUGGUGGAAAGCAAGACUCACCAUGACAAUCUGCAAGCGUUACGAGCAUUCCACGACUCCGAUGCAAUCCGCUACACAGAUUCUAACCUCAGCAACACACUUCUGGCUGGACUAAACCAGCUACGUCAUGAGAGGCAGCUUACCGAUGUCACACUGGAAGUUGGCCAAGAGAAGUUUUCUUGUCAUCGCAGUGUGCUCGCAGCAUGUAGCCCCUACUUCAAGGCCAUGUUCACAGGUGGCAUGCAGGAGUCCAGUUGCAACGUGAUAUCCCUCGGUGAUGUAGAGCCUAUGUCCCUGCAGCUCAUAUUGGACUUUAUUUACACUGGAGCCAUUAAUCUGAGCAAUGAUAGUGUUCAGAAUGUGUUUUCUGCAGCUAACCUUCUACAAGUUGCACCAGUGGUCCAUUUCUGUGCAGAGUACAUGGAGAAGAAUCUUCAUGUUGUCAACUGCGUGGACAUGUACCAGUUGGCUUGUACGUAUUCCUGCACAAACCUGAAAGAAGCAGCCUGGGACUACCUCAACUAUCACUUCCAGGAUGUGGUGAAUGAGUCCCAGGUCGUUCAUGCUAGUAUCGAUGUUGUCAAUGACAUAGUGCAGAGUAAUCAACUCAAUGUAGCGUCGGAAGAUGCCGUUCUUCAGAUGGUACUUGCAUGGGUGCAGUGGGACGUGAUGACCAGACGUGUCUUCAUGACACGCUUGUUGGAAUAUGUCCGAUUUGAACACAUAGCACACGACUCCUUACAGAGUGUGAUUGCUGUCAACGUGGUACCUGAGAUCAACUGUGCUGUUGAAGAAGCUAUCAAACUAAACAAGGAGGCAUUUCGGUCACACCAUGACAAUCCUCCGCAACAAAAAUCAAUGCAACGUCUAGGUGUUAAUGCCAGGGAUGUGUUGUUGCUGAUGGGCCGUAACUAUAGAGAACAUACAAUGUGUUGCUACCAUCCACCUUCACAAACAAGCUUCUUCAUUGAUCUCCCCCCAGUCUGUCGGACCUUGGGUGCCAAGCUUGUAGUCACAGAUGCCAAUGAUAUAUACCUAGCCACUGAUGACUUUCGGGAGAAAAGCGUGUUUCGCUUCAAUCACAUCCAGGCGAAAUGGGUCAAAAUCUCCCCCAGGUUACAAGGACGAUCCAACUUUGCCAUUGCAAGUGUUCACGGCAAAAUAUUUGCCCUGGGAGGAAUAAAUGAUUGGGAGAUUUUAAGGAGUGUGGAGUGGUACGAUCCUGCCAGGGAUGAAUGGCAGUUUGCAAGUUCAAUGCCACGCGAUGUUAUAGACUUCAGUGUGGCGACCUAUCAGAAUAUGAUCUAUGUGUUCUCUGGCAGUCGCACCAUGAAGUACGACAGCCUGACUGAUACAUGGAUAGCUACUCUGCCUCCUAUGCCUACGCCACGCCUACAGACGGCUUGCGCUACUAACGGCUCAGAAAUCUGGCUAAUAGGAGGGUUUCUAGCUCAAAGUAGCUCGGAGGUACCUACUGUUAGUGUGGAAUCCUUCCAACCGGAUAGUAACUCGUGGAGCAAAAAGGAACCAUUACCAAGUCUGCUUCGUUUCUGCUCUGCAGUUAGGUACCAUCCAAGCAGUAGACUCUACCUGUGUGGUAUGUGGUGUGGCGUACAUGAAAUGGGCCUCAACAUUCCCAUGCAGCUGAGUUCCCAGUUUGACCUGUAUGACUUUGAUCAAUUAACAAGUUGCUGGACAGAUAUUGCAUUUGAUAUACCAAUGCAAGAAGUGCAAUCAUGUGCAGGUGCUAGGGUCUUCAAAAGAUGAGGGUUGCGAUGAGCAAUAUGUUGGUAGCAUCUGACACGUAGGGUCAGAUUGCAGUAAAAGUACAGUUACACUGAUUAUGUGCAAAAUGGCGAGUGCAUUUUUGACUUGAAGUAUGUCUUUGUAUCACAUGAUCAUGCAUAUUUUAAGAAGAAAAGAGUAACAUCCAAGUUUAUUUUAUGCACAAA